AUGGACCCCGCGGACGCUAUCUGGGAUGCCCUGAACGACGACCGCCGCCGUGCUGCUCCCAACGAUCAUGAACGCAAUGACCGUAACACGAACGCUAACCGGAACACGAACAACCAUAAUGACUUCGCCGCCCUCCCCUUCGGCGGACCUCUCCUAGUCCCGCAGCCAGAAGAGGGAGAAGACCCAAAUGAGCUUCUCGCGGCCGUCGCGCGGAUGCACCUCGCCGAUAUUGAGGCUCUCCGAGAGGCGGGAGCAGGAGAAGAUGCACUGCUUGCGCUGGACUUGUUCGGCGACGAACUCAGGCGUGCGCUGGAGAUGGUCGAGGACCGCGAGGUAGCGGCGUAUGUGCAGGAUGACAACGGUGCGAGGGGGAAUGAGGAUCGGCGGCAGGGAGAAGAGGGCCAGGAUCGGCGGGACGAGCCUGCUCAACCCCGCGCGGAGGGGCCGGAACCUACUCUUGCCAGUCUGAUACGUCGCAUCCCUGGCGCGUGGGCACUUCCGCUUCCUCUGGGCGGUGGCGCGCAGAACCAACCGCAUGAAGACAGACCGAGGUACGACGAAGGAGUUGCUCCAGGCGACGGUGCACAUCCUCAAGAGCAGCAAAACGCCCCAGCAGGAGGUGCAGACCACCACGAUCAUGACCAUGAUCAUGAGCACGACGACCAGGUGUGGCACCCAGGAUGGCUGCUCAGUGCAGCCCGACAGUGGAUGCUUGGGAAUGGGACGCCACCUACAGACCACGGCGAUCCUGACAUUCCCCCCGAAUGCGUGGUUUGCCAGGACGUUAUCGCUCCGGGCGAGCUCAUCCGCGCACCCUGCGGGCAUACCUAUGACGUGCACUGCAUGAACACCGUCUUCAUGAACGCCGCCCGCGACGAAGCUCUCUUCCCUCCCCGCUGCUGCAAGACGACGAUCCCCACCGACCUCGUCCGCGGUCGCAUCCCGACCACCACCCUCGCCACCUUCUCCGCGCGCGCGGCCGAGUUCGCCACCCCGAAGCGCCUGUACUGCGCCGCGCCGACGUGCAGCGCCUUCCUCGGGGCCCGGUACACGGGCUGGUUCUUCGCGAAGGCGAUCCUGUGCCCCGGGUGCGGCGCGAAGACGUGCAGUCGCUGCGCACAUAAAGUGGACCCCAACGAGCGGCACCGCUGCAGCCCGGCCGAGGACGAGAACCAGAUCGCGGCGGUCGCGGCGCAGGAGGAGUGGGCGCGCUGCCCGGACUGCGAGGCGUUCGUUGAGCUGGUGAUCGGGUGCAACCACAUGACGUGCCGGUGCGGGGCGGAGUUUUGCUACGUCUGUAGUCGACGAUGGAAGACGUGCGGGUGCCCGUGGUGGGACGAGGACAGGCUACUGGCGGUCAGGGAGGAGAGGCAUGAAAGGAGGAGACGGCGUAGGAGAGAGCGGAGGGAGCGUGAAGUGCGCGAGCAGGCGGCCGCUGAUGGGGAAGAGGAGGACGUUGAGGAUGAGCCUGCUCAGGCAGAGGUCGCACCCGCCCCCGAACCGCCUCAAGCAGUUGCACCCCCUCUACCACCCGAUGAUGCGCCUGGUCCGGACGCAGAUGCUCUCCCGCCCCCUGCUCCGCAUGUGGACGAAGCUCCGGUACAACCCCUAGCUGCUCCAGGACCAUUGAUGCAGGCUUUGGUCGGUCCUCCACCAGGCGAAGGCGGCGCGAUCUUCAUGCGCCCAAGUCUGCGGACCCGCCGUACCACGGACGCGCCUCCACCCGAAGAGAACGCUGCUCUCGCUGUUGAGCCCGCUCCGGCUCCGGCUUCUGCUCCAGAACCCGCUCCUACCACAGAAGUGGCAGCUCCUAUUGCCCAGGAAGUCACUCCCCAGGAAAUUGCUCCAGCAGAUGAUCCAUCUAAACCCGUAGAGCCGCUUGCGGAGCCUCUUGUUGCUGCUGCUAUCCCAGAAGCAGCUGCGCCGGAGGAUAUCCCGCAGGAGUCGGAGGACACUCGUGCACCUCCCGCAGAGGAAUCGCAAGCUGCGCCUUCCAAAGUAUUUCGACGCAAAUCCAAAGCCUCGACGAGGCAAACCCCCGUCGAGCCCGCUAUUCCACCCGCGGAGCCCAGCUGUUCAGCACCUGCGGAGGAGCCUGUACUUGAGGCGGCAGAAUCUCGUGCGUCGAACUCACGGCAGACGAGGAACGAGGAACCGAUACCGGUCCCUGCACCUGCAUCACAAGAGGUUCCUUCCUCGGACAUAGCUCCAAAGGAGCCUGCACCUGCAGAGGAUGUUGCUUCUCAACCCUCGCAUAGACACCGCUCUCACUCACAUGGUCAUCGAUCCUCUCAUCACGCCAGCCGCAGUAGCUCGCGCGCAACCCGCGUAUAUCAUUUCGUUCCUCCCGUGGCGCAGGAAGUCAACAUCGGGGCUGAAGCGCCGUCGGAGGACAUUCAUGCGGCUACAGAUGUCGCUGGUCCUGAUUUUCCUCCAAAUGAUGACGCCCAAGACGAGGCGCUCGACCCUGCUCGUGAGGCAUACGUUCGCCAAGUGCUUCGCGACAUCCUACCCCCUCCCGUGUCUUCCCGCAACCGCAGGCCCAGCCAUGCGCCAGUGCCACCUUCUCCCAGCCCCGCUCCGCCUGAGCUUCCGAAGGAACAAGCUCCCUCAGCGGAGGUGUUCUAUACGCCGCCGGUGCAUUCGGAUGACCUUCGCGUCCCUGCUGCGUCUACAUCGAAUGUCAAGGUAUACGCUGCACCGCCCAUGGAGAAGCGCACAUCUUCCUCUCGGUCGUCGAAGAGCGGGUCAUCGCAGUCGACGAAAAAGGCGUCUUCGCGGCCUCGCAAGGAUACGAUAUCGCAUGCCAUCGCCGAUCCUUCGACACAGAAGGCACCUCCUCAGCAUGUCGAACAUGUUCAAGAGGCGCGUUCGUCCCACAGGGCAUCAGAGCCCUCAACCUCGAGGACGACUCCUCCCACUACUGGACUCCCAGCGUCCUCAUCACGUCCGCGGUCUUCCUCUCAUCGUGAUGCUAAGCCGCCUGUGGUGGCACCUAUCCCGACUCACGGUAGAGCAUCGUCUACUGCCUCUGCCCUCGAUCCCCGAGCAAGCUCUGCAUCCCUCGCUCGUCCUGCUACACAGCCUCCCCUUGCCAGCUCCUCCUCGAGGCAGAAUCUUCGCCGCUCAGAGAGCUUGCAGCGGGAGACACGCGCGCGGCGCGAAACCAGAGAACAUUGGGAGCGGGUGCAUGCAGCGGCCAACGCAUCAACUAGUCAGCAGCAGGUCGAGGCCGAGGCUGUUAAGGAGACGAGCACUGUCGAUCCGCCGGCGUCUCCGACCAGAGGUGGGCAUGCGGAACAGCCUACGCGUCGCGGACGGGAGGAAGUCAAACCUCAUCGAGAGAGCAAGCACGGCAAGGGUCGUACGGUCACCUACAUGACCUUUGAAGCCGCGCAGUAUGGUUCUGUUCCCGCAGAGUGGAUGGACGAUAGCAUCGUACUCGCACCUUCCAAUGAUCUCAAGGGCAAGCGCCGCGCGACGGAUCCCUUAAUUGAGGCUGCAUCGCAAUCAUCAACAACACAUUCGACGAUACCUUCACCUCCCAUACCACAGAACCGUACGCGAUAUCAAUGGGACCCACCGCCAAAGCCUGUGUACAAACUGCACGCACGACUUCGGGCGCCGGUCGAUUCGCUUGCUUAUGCGUCCCGGCUUAUGCGCAAGACUGCUGGCGCGCGACGUACUCUUCAGCACGUACCACCGCCGAAGAACCGACCUCCGCUGAUGCUUCCGAAGGAGCGCGACAAGCUGAGGGUUUACCAGCGACCACCCCCCGUUGUCUACGCGCAGACCACAAUGCAGCACGCUCUACUUCCUACCAAGGGUCCCGUGCCACCCGAAGCUAAACCCGUGCUAUCUCGACAGUCCUCCGACGCGCGGAUCGAGCGGUCCUCGGCGGCUAGUACGGUACUGCCUUCGCACCUAGAUGAUCACAAGCCAAGGCCACCAUCCUAUACCGAAUCGCACCGAUCCGCGACUCGGACAUCCUCCUCCCGUAGUGUCCAGCACGCAGCAGCGCUGCCAAUACACUCGCCCCGCUCUACUGUGUCUCCACGGACAGAUCAUCACGUCCACCCGUCGUCUUCUCACCAGCCGCGGUCCGCUCGUACCGCAAGUCCUCGAACAGAGGACGUGCCCUUGCACCAAAUAUACUCUCGCUUUGCCCCCGUGUCCACACUACAUCCACCAUCACCUCAGCCGUCGCACCGCUUCGCCCCGGUGUCAACGCUCCAUCCUCCAAUCCCACCACCUCCACCGGAAGCGGCGCCGGUCUUCGCGUGCACCUCGUCCCGACAGGUGAUGGAAUACGCUCUGCCUCCUGAGGGCCCGCCAGUUCAAGCUCGGACCGGGAGACACUCGCAUUCUACUCGUCGAGAAUCUGACCCGCUCGAUUUCUCGACGAUCGUAUCCCGUGUACCCGCCUCGGAGUCAUUGUACAUCCACUCUACCGAGUUCAAGCGUGCGCUGAAGAAAUGGGACAAGUGUCCACAUGACCUCUGGGCGUAUGGCUUUGGGCCGGGUCAGUGCUUGGGUUGCCGGAGAUUGUUGGAGGAUACCGUUUAUGUGAGUUAG